AUCCUGGACGUCUGAUGCAGCCGCACCUUUCCCUUGCCCUCCUGCCGGGACCUGCCCAGAAGGAUCUCCUUCCGUAGACUGCCCCUUCCUCAGGGGGGCAGCUGUACUUCCCUUGGCCUCCCAGCCCAUGUAGCUUCAACAUGGAGGUGACAAAAGCGACCGGUGGCCUAGUCAAUACCAGCCUCGCGGACAUCACCUCGGACAUCCAGAUUCUGUGCCCUGUGAACACGCAUUUUGCCCAGUGGUUCCUGCCCGCUUUUUACCUGCUGGUGUCUCUUCUGGGGCUUUUGGGAAAUGGACUGGGCUUGUGGAAUUUGUGUGCCAGCUCUCGGAGGAACAGCUGGAGCUCCCUCAGUGUGCUGCUGUGCAACUUAGGAGUGGCAGACUUGCUCUAUGUGGUCACCCUGCCCUUCUUGGUGUCCUAUUACCUCCAGGGCCGAGUGUGGCUGUUUGGCAGGGGCUGGUGCAGGCUGACUCGGCUUCUUUUCCACCUCAACCUUUAUGCUAGCAUUGGCUUCCUCACCUGCGUCAGUGUGCAUCGUUACCUGGGCAUCGUGCACCCUCUGAGGAUGCUGGGUAGGUGCCAGAGACUUGCCCCUUCCGUCUGUGUCAGUGCCUUGGUUUGGGGCUGGGUGAUUGCUCAGCUUUCUCCUGACUUUAGCUUCAGCAAAACGGACCACACUGGCACGAAAUGCCAUGACACCACUGAGCACAAGAACCUGGGCACCUACCUGCCAUAUAUCCUGGUUGUAACGGUGACUGGCUUCGUCAUCCCUUUUCUCAUCAUCAUUGGGUGCUACUGCCAUAUAGUCAUGGUCCUGUGGAAGAACCAAAACGUUGACCCCAACCUCAAACGGAAGAGCAUCAAAUUGGUGGUUCUAGUGAUGGUGCUUUUCUCUGUCUGUUUCCUUCCGUAUCACAUCUUUAGGAACCUGAACUUGCUGUCCCGUAAGUGGCAACUUGAGGGAUCUUGCACUCAGACUCUGAGGAACAUCUAUACCGCCUACCAAGUAACCCGAGGCUUGGCCAGCCUCAACAGUGCCCUGAACCCACUGCUGUAUCUGAUGGCCAGUGAGGAUCUUACAAUGAGAUUACGGGCUUUCAGUCAAAGGAUUGGACAGGCCCUGAGAUUUCUUUGGCAAAGACAAGUCCGGCAGCAUUUGGACCAGAAUAAAUUAACCAUCAUGGUCAACGAAGAAUGUGAGGAGUCAAAUGAUCUGUGAAUCGAUUUUGUUGACAUAAAAUGAAAUGCCUGAAAAAGGCUUGCCUUCUUUGAAAUAUCCCUUUCUCUCUAUGCAGACAUAUGAGUUUUAGAGAAAGAUGAAAAUGGCACGAUGGAGGCAUUGUCUGUAGGUUGAAAGGAAUCGCUGAAACGCAACAUAAACUAGUGAAGGCUGUGGACAGAGACAAGGUGGGAAAGAGCGGUACUCGUAUGUAGCUGGAAGGGAAAGGGUUAUCAAAAGGGUUACAAUGCACUACUUCACAUCUUAAUAUUCACCGGCAUUAUUCAUUUAUUCAGUUUGAUAGCCCUGCACUUGUUUGUUCAUGAUAUGACUACUCACUGUGGCUGGAUGGCUGUGCCAUUUGAUGCCGAUGGGACUUUUCAGCAGCCUAACCAUUGAGAAAGAUGACAAAUACUAUGUAUACCCACCUGUGUGAAUAGAAAUAUGACUUUUGGGGGGGGGGGAAUACAAGUUUCACAGCAGAAGAUAUAUCCAGAUACCUUUAAUAAAUGCAGCUCGACAUGAGCUGUGAAAAUUUAGCCUUCUCUUUGUUGCAGAUAGCAUGCCAAAAACAUUCAGAAUGGCAAACAGUCUAGGUUCAGGAUUUGCGAUAGUUUGUUGGCACUUCCUCAGCCUACCCCCUUUUAGGCUAGCAAGCUCUAAGACAGAUAAGCGGGGGUUGGUCUAUGUGAAAAUGUUUGGAGGUCACAUGCUUGUGGACUUGUUUUUGAAAGGUUAUAGCAUAGCAUUACACUGAAACAAAAUGCACAUAGUAUACUCUGAAACCUCUCCUAAAACGACUACAUCCAUCAGGCUGCAGUCCUAUACCGUCGUAAAUCCUACUGAAUUCAGUGGAGCUUACUUUUGAGUAGACAGGUAUAGGAUUGCAUUCUCAAUGUCAAUUAAUGCCUGGUUAUAUCAAUGAUGUUAUUAGGAUAAUGGUGAAAACUGAAGCAACAGCUGGAUGUCCUGGGGCUGUUGACUCCUUCAUGCAAAUCUCUUUGAAAUGAUUUUAAACGGACAAUUAAAUAUUUAUAUUAAAUACAGAUAUGUGAAAGAGACUGCAUUUAUUUUGAUUUUAAGGUAGCCCUUGGGUUGUUGGAUGAUGUGUUGUUAAUCUGUCUUGAGCAGGAUUGUACCAGGAACCUCAAGGGCUGAAGUCCAGACCUGAGCACUAAAACCAAAUGCUCAAGGCUAAUGUGCUGCUAGUAUCAUUUAAUGUGCAGGGCAACUGUGACAGUCAUCUCUGGAACAAGCCACCUGUUUAUGUUAUAGACAGGAACAAGAACUAUUUACCAGUUAGCCAGAUGGAACAAUCCACUUUUAUGUUAUUCGGGAAGGAGGGCAACUUAACGCAACACUCCUAUUGGUUUUGAUUUCUUUAAACUCUAUGUCUUCCAGAAUUACUUUUUAAAAAUACUGCUACUAAUAAUAAUGAUCCACCUGUUGUUAUUUCUUGUUUAUCAUUCUAUCAUAUUUGAAUCCUGCCUGCACAUGGGAUUAUUAUUAUCAUUUUCUAGACAGCAGUCCUUUGAGAGAGUGAGUUAGGCUGAAAGAGAGCAGGAGAGGGAGAAAGAGACAGAGACUGGCUUGAGAGCGAACAACGAAUUCACCCUUCUUGUGAACUGUCAUUUCCAUCAGAUAAAGUAAUAACUUGUGUUGAUGUGGCUAGAAGAAAGUACAGGCCUUUGAAUUGCAUCCAACUCUCCAUUGGGCAGAAUGGAAAGCUUACUCUGUUUUUCAGCUAUUUUGGGAGAGCAAGAUAGCAUGUUGAUGCAAACACAAUUAAUCCGUAUAGGUAGCCAAACACAUUUUAUUUGGUAUGUAGCAAAGUUAAACUUUUUACUCCAACUUCCAUGAUUCAAAGGCACUGUCGAGGCUCCUGAGUAUAACAGCUGAGACUCGGAAGUCCGACUGGCUGCUUUGAGAGAAAUGAUUGUGUGGCCAAUAUUUUCUUUUCUGCACAAGUCCAUACAACAUUCUGGGAGCUGUUCUUAUGGAAGUAAUCUAAUCCCCAGCUGCAGAAGAAAGAAGUAGGCACAGGGAAUGUUCAUGGUAUUGAAUGCCUAAUCAAUGGCAACCAUGGUGGAGAACUUCUUGCUGCUGCACAGCAUGUGGGUACAUACAGAUAGGAACUGUACCUUCUUAUCUGCUUGUAAAGAUGGAGAAAGAAGGAUUCUUGGUUAUUGAUCUAGUGGGAUGACUAUGAUUGGAACUCCUGCCAACGCUAAACUUUGUAUCCUGUUUGACAGGGCUCUGCACUUGAUCUGCACUAGAGUGAAAAACAACAAUACUCGAAUCCACUUAAAGCCUGCACUGUUACUUGGGAGAUUCAUGUUUGGAUUUCCCAGCAUGUUGGAUUAGAUCCAGCUUAAGUUAGUUGAUCUUAGUUCUCACUGAAAUCAUGGGAAAGUUAAGUCAGGAGUAACUUUGUCUGAUUUAUUUUAAUGGAACCUUACUUUGAAAACUUGUCUCAGAUCCAACCAUGUGUUGUUAUUUUUAAUAAAAUAAAGUUGCGGGUGUUUAA